CGACUCCUUACCUCCUUCACCUCUAUAAUACCAAGACCAACCUAGUCCAUUAUCAUGUCACGGUUCAACCCUGACGAACUCUCCUCUUUUCGUGAACACUACCACACCUAUGGUUAUGUGAUCGUCCCUUCCCUCAUUCCUGAUGAUCUCUUCCCCCUUCUCCGUGAAUCUGCAGACCACGUUGUCGAUCUAUCCCGUUCCGGCAAAUGGGACAACGUCCGCGUUGUAGGAAAACCGUUUCCGCCUUGGGACGCAAAAGAUAAAGAGGAUAUCUGGGGUGUACAGAGUGUGAUGCAUCCGGACUUGGGACAGAAGGUGUUUGCCGAAUGGUAUGGGAGUGAAGGGAUGUUGGAGGUAUCAAGAGCUUUGAUGGGUUGUGAGCAGGAGGAUAUGCAGUUCGAGCUGUUUAACCUCCUCGUCAACCCCACGAACGCAGCCUAUGCCCUUGUAUGGCAUCGAGACGACGUCAAGCCCACGGCCACACCCCAAGAGGAAAUCGCCGCUUUGCAGAAAGACUAUCACGGCAUCCAAUGGAAUGCUGCUCUAUACGACGACGAGUGUCUCUCUGUCGUACCUAAAUCUCAUCUCAGAGUAAGCGCUCCCGAUGAAAAGAAGGCACUGUUGGGAGACGGAGAGAUGCCAGGUGGUAUCAAGGUAAAGCUCAAGGCCGGUGAAACGGUGUUCUACAACAACAACAUACUCCACAUAGGAAGCUAUGAUCCCGCCACAAAGCGACGAACUCUCCACGGUUGCUAUGGCUGCCCCCCACCUGGCGAUACCUCUCGAGCUCGAAACAUCCUACAGCACGAUCUGACGUAUACCCUCGACCCCAAAUUCAGAGAGUCGGUGCCGGAAAAGCUGAAGGGAAUGGUGGAUAAAUUGAACGGAAUGCAGAAGCUUUUGGAAGGGCAGGUGCUGGAGUAUUCGCAGAAUUGAGAGCUGCUGUUGUUGUACAAAAAUCGCAUCAUGUUUUAAUCUUAUUGAAGUAGGUGGGUCGUAGUCGGAUCUAUACUGUAAUUGGCCCUGGUGCUGGUGUUGUAGUUGUAAGAGUUAUGCGAAAGAACAGCUGGA